CUGCUGUGUGAUGGGUCCUGUAGUGUGAGGAAGUCCCCGGCACCGGCGUCCAUGGAGCUGCACUCAUAGUCUCCACUACAGGCACAUCAUGCUGAGGACACGGACCGGAGGCAGUGCUGCCUAUGAGAGGCUGUCAGACACGGGGAAGAAUGAAAAUCCAGAAUACCGGGUGUCCUUCUUUAGUAGGGUGACGUUUUCUUGGUACAGCAGAAUUAUAAGGCUUGGCUAUAGGAAGCCGUUAGAAAGAGAAGAUCUCAUUGAGCUGAAUGACGAUGACUCUUCUUACAUUGUCAGCCCGGCAUUUGAAGAAAACUGGAGAAGGGAAUUUUUCAAGCAAAGCAGAAAGGAUUCUGGAUCCAAGAAGGUAUCUUUGUUGCGGGCAUUGUGGAACACAUUCAGGUACUCGCUCAUCCAAGUGGCCCUCAUGAAAAUAGUGGCUGAUGUCCUGGCAUUUACAAGCCCUCAGAUAUUGAAGAAAAUGAUUGCGUUCUGUGAGGACCGCUCGGAGGGGGUCAGCACUGGCUAUCUGCUUGCACUCGCUCUCUUUGUAGUCACCAUCUUGCAGACACUCCUCCUGCAGUUUUACCAGCGGUUUAAUAUGUUGACUGCGGUGAAGAUGAAAACUUCUAUCAAUGGGAUCAUAUAUAAAAAGUCCUUAAAUUUGGCAAAUUCUACUCGAAGAAAGUUUACAACAGGUGAACUGGUAAACCUAAUGUCGUCGGAUGCACAGCAGCUCAUGGACCUGACAGUAAACCUCAACCUGCUGUGGUCGGCCCCAUUCCAGAUCCUCAUGGCUAUCGUCUUCCUGUGGCAGGAGCUUGGAGCGUCGGUCCUGGCUGGAGUGGCUGUGCUCGUCUUGGUUAUACCUUUAAAUGCAUAUAUUGCUGCCAAAGUUAAGCAGCUAAAGAAAAGUCAUUUGAAGAGUAAAGAUCAGCGCAUCAAAUUACUGAAUGAAAUCUUACAUGGAAUAAAGAUAUUGAAGCUUUACGCCUGGGAACCUUCUUAUCAGAAGAAAGUGGUUGAUAUUCGUGAAUGUGAAAUGGAAGUGCUGAAAUCUUCAGGAUACUUGACCACGUUCUCAAUGCUGACAUUAACCUGUAUUCCCUUCCUGGUUUCCAUCGCUACUUUUGGAGUAUAUUUCUUAAUUGAUGAAUCGAAUAUCCUGACGGCGUCCAAAGUUUUCACUACAAUCUCGUUAUUUAAUAUCCUGCGUCUUCCGUUGUUUGAUUUGCCCACAGUGAUCUCAUCAGUAGUUCAGACUAGGGUCUCUCUAAAUCGACUACAACAUUUUCUUUGCGGUGAAGAACUCGUCCCUGAAAAUAUUGAAACCCACUAUAAAGGAAAUCAUGCCGUUGGAUUCCUCGGAGCAUCCUUCCAGUGGGAAACAAAUGGAUCCUCCAUUUUAAAAGACCUCCAUAUUAAGAUUCCUGAAGGCUCCUUGGUCGCUGUUGUUGGCCAGGUCGGAUCUGGAAAAUCGUCCUUACUGUCUGCAGUCCUCGGGGAGAUGAAUAAGCUGGAAGGAACGGUUCAGAGAAAAGGCUCCGUGGCUUACGUGUCGCAGCAAGCGUGGAUUCAGAAUGCAUUAUUCCAGGAGAACAUUCUCUUUGGUCAGCCUCUCAAUAAGCCGUUUUAUGAGAAAGUUCUGGAGGCGUGCGCUCUGCUGCCGGACCUGGCGCUCCUACCGCACCGAGACCAAACCGAGAUUGGCGAGAGGGGUGUAAACCUAAGUGGAGGCCAGAAGCAGCGGGUCAGCCUGGCCCGGGCUGUAUACAGCGAUGCCGACAUCUACCUGCUGGAUGACCCUUUAUCUGCCGUCGAUGUACACGUGGGAAAGCAUUUAUUUGAUAAAGUCAUUGGACAUAAUGGAUUACUGAAAAACAAGACAAGGAUCCUGGUGACACACAGCCUCACCGUCCUCCCUCUGGUAGACCUCAUCGUCAUCAUGGAAGACGGGAGAAUAGGUCAGAUAGGGACUUACGGGGAACUGGUUUCCAAGAGACAAGACUUUGCUGAUGUGGUAAUAGCACCUGGAGCGAAGAAAGAAAGUUUUAGUGACACCACCUCAAGCCCAUUAAAAGAUGCAGGAAACGUAAGAAGUCCAGGGAGACAUCCUGAAGACCCCAAGGUUCAAAAAGACAGGCAAAUAUUAAGCGCCCCCAGGAUUAAUAAAGAGAAGGUCGCCACAGGAAAUAUGAAGAUGUCAGUGGUGAAGAAGUACCUGCAGGCUUUUGGAUGGUCUUGGGUCUGCUUCACCAUCAUAGCAUAUGUUGGACAAAAUGCAAUGGCCAUAGGACAAAAUGUAUGGCUUAGUAAAUGGACCACCGAGGCCAAAGAAGUGAAAGAACAGACAGAGCUGAGGGACAGUAGACUUGGCGUCUAUGGGGUGCUGGGAUUUCUGCAAGGGAUUUUUGUCUGCUAUGGGGCCUAUGUGAUCACAAGAGGUACCAUCUGUUCUUCCCGUUUACUACACAAUCAGAUGCUGGACAACAUACUCCACCUCCCUCUCCAGUUUUUUGAAACGACUCCAAUGGGCCAAGUACUGAAUCGAUUUACUAAGGACAUCUAUGUAAUAGACGAGCGUUUCCAUUACUAUUUGCGCACUUGGUUAAACUGCAUGCUGGACGUGUUGGGGACCAUUCUGGUGAUUGUGUUUGCUACGCCACUGUUCUCAAUCGCUAUUGUGCCCUUUGGAUUUUUAUACCUUUUAAUCCAGAGAUAUUAUAUCGCCAGCUCACGUCAAAUCCGGAGACUAGAUGGGGCCUCACGUUCCCCAGUCAUCUCCCAUUUUAGUGAGAGCUUGCAGGGAGCGUCCACCAUCAGAGCCUACGGACAUCAGGAGAGGUUCAUUGGUCAGAACAAGGAUGUGAUGAAUGAGAAUUUAGUGUGCUACUACAAUAAUGUCAUCUCUAACAGGUGGCUGGCAGUGAGGCUGGAGUUUUUGGGAAAUGUGAUGGUCUUCUUUGCUGCAGUAUUUGCUGUCCAGGCAGGUGACAAGAUGACAUCUGGAACAGUGGGGUUAUCAAUAACCUAUGCAUUGAAUAUCACACAGACGUUAAAUUUCUGGGUGCGCAAAGCUUGUGAGAUAGAGACUAAUGGAGUGGCGAUUGAACGGGUUUGUGAAUAUGAAGAAAUGGAAAAAGAGGCCCCCUGGAUCCUGCCGAAAAGACCAGCUGCUGAGUGGCCAGACAGGGGGAUCAUUGAGUUCACGAACUACCAGGCCCGCUAUCGGGAGGACCACGACUUGGCUCUCCGGGAUGUCACCUUUAAACUGCAUGAAACAGAGAAGCUCGGGAUUGUUGGAAGAACCGGAGCCGGUAAAUCCACUCUCACAAAUUGCUUGUUCCGCAUAGUAGAGAGAUCAGGAGGAAGGAUAGUCAUUGAUGGAAUUGAUAUUGCAACCAUUGGACUGCACGACUUACGAAGCAAACUGAAUAUCAUUCCACAGGAUCCUGUUUUAUUUUCGGGGACUGUACAGAUGAAUCUGGAUCCCUUGGAGAAACAUUCUGAUGCUGAUCUAUGGGAGGCUCUGGAUAUGUGCCAUCUCAAGAACUUUGUGCAAUCUCUUCCCAAGAAACUCUACCAUGAGGUUUCAGAAGGAGGAGAGAACCUGAGUGUUGGGCAGCGACAACUCAUCUGCCUUGCUCGAGCUUUACUUCGAAAAACAAAAAUCCUUUUUCUAGAUGAAGCAACAGCCUCAAUUGACAUGGAGACCGACACCCUUGUUCAGAGCACCAUUCGCACUGCGUUCAGUGACUGCACUGUACUGACAAUAGCUCACCGGCUACAUACAGUCCUGGAUUCUGAAAGAGUGCUUGUUCUAGAUGCUGGUAGAGUUGUAGAGUUUGACGAACCACAGAGACUGAUACAGAAGAAAGGAGUCUUCUCAAAGAUGGUGUCAGAAUCUGGGAUACAGCACACGGAGUAAUCAAGCAGCUUCCAGAAGUUUUCCCGGACAGACUGUUCUGCAUCAGGACAUAGUGAAUGUCAAAGAAAUCUAUGUCUAUAGAUCACACAGAGAGACAAUUGUCUGACCACAAAUUUUUGAAUUUACAGUCUGGUCCAUUCUUGGACAGUUAUGGAGUAGGUGGUAAUAGCAGUUGUCUCAACACUAUAACCCCUUUUUAGAUUGAUAUCUGCCCGCCGUUCAGCCGUUGUCACCAAAGAGAAGUUGCUUAGGGCCAUACAUUUCCCCUACAGUGUAAUCUAGUUUUAGUAUAUCCAAAUGAGAUUGUAGGAGCCAACGUGGGUGUUGCUGUUACACCUAUAGGCUCUGUACAUCUGCCGUGCCAUCUGUACUUUGAUUGACAGGGCCAGGCAGGGAAAACAUCAUAGCGCAUGCAGAGGGUACGGCAGUUGCAGAGAGAGGAGAGCCUCCUAUAGGUUCACUUGCAUAUAUUAAAAGUUCAUUUUUCUCAGCA